AUGUUUGUAUUUUUUACUCCUGGAAAUGUUCUUGAUCUUGCCCUAAUGUUAUUUUUAUCGCAACUUCUGUCUAUUUUUAUCACACACUCAAUGGCCCUAAACCCGCUCCACAGGCUCUCAUCCAGCCUUCCAAGGAAUCUCACACAUUCUCUCAACAUUACCAACUCUCUCACUAUUCCACGGAAUCUCACUCAUUCUCUUACUAUACCAAGUCUUACUAUACCAACUAUUACCAUUCCGAGGAGUAUUACUAUACCAAGUUUUACGUUUAUUAGCCCUGUAAACAGAGUAACAUCUAGGGUCAAAACGGGUUUGGGUAACUUUGGCAAUUAUGAUAAUAUAAGUACGGUAACAGCGCCGUAUCAGGUGGGAUAUACUCCGAAUCUGAGUCCAAACUAUACCACUGUGCCAAAUUACUCUCCGUACACCACUCCAUACACUGGUUAUAGUACUGGAUAUGGUAGUGGUACAGGGUAUAACACAGGGUUUGACACAAACACUGGGUAUAGUACGGGGUAUGGUAGUGGUAACACAGGGUAUAGUACUGGGUACGGUAGUGGUACUGGGUACAAUACGGGAUAUGGUACGGGAUAUGUGAAGAGGCAGGGUUAUAGGCCAAGACCGUACAAUUACGCAAAUCGUUACAACACUUUCAGACAAACCAGACGAUUCUACAAUACCAACAAUGCUGUGGGUCGUGGUUAUGACAUUCCGGUGUCUUCGAUAGAUUGGGACAAGGAGGAGUUGGUGGAGAUAAAGAAGGAUUUCUAUGACUUGAGUUACGAGGCUGACAGUAGGCCUGGUGAGGAGAUUGAGCGGAUUUUAAAGGCGCAUAAUAUUAUUAUCGAGGGUGAGCAUCCACUCCCGAAACCCGUUACCACCUUUGAUGAAGCUGUUUUUAAUCAACAAAUUCAAAAUAUUAUCAAAGAGUCAAAUUUUACUGAACCAACUCCCAUACAAAAAGUUGGAUGGACUUCUUGUCUCACAGGUAGAGACAUAAUUGGUGUAUCUCAGACUGGAAGUGGUAAGACAUUGACCUUUUUACUGCCUGGGCUAUUACAUUUACUGGCUCAGCCACCUGUUGGUACUGGCGGUCCAAUAAUGUUAAUCCUAUCCCCUACCAGGGAACUUUGUCUACAAAUCGCCGAAGAAGCUAGGCCAUACUCCAGACUACUGAAUCUAAGAUUAGUCCCAAUUUAUGGCGGCGCUUCUAAAUUUGCUCAGGUCAGGGAACUCCAAAACGGUGCCGAGAUUAUGGUAGCCACGCCUGGAAGAUUACUUGAGUUCCUCAGUAACGGCACGAUUAAGCUUAAUCGCGUCAGUUACUUCGUCAUGGAUGAGGCAGAUCGGAUGCUAGACAUGGGAUUUGAACCACAAAUUAGGAAAAUCGUAGGACAAAUCAGGCCUGACAGACAGACGCUCAUGUUCUCAGCCACCUGGCCCUCGGAAAUUAAACGAUUAGCCUCCGAAUUCUGUAAAGCAAACUCUAUUUACAUACAGGUUGGCGACUUGGAGUUAACGGCGAAUCCGAACAUAAGGCAGAAUGUUGAGUUCCCAAACUCUUACGAAGUGCGGGAUAAGUUAUUUGACUUUUUAGGCUCAAUUCCGCCAGAGAAGAAGGUGCUAAUCUUCUCUGACCUUAAGUCAUUUGCUGACCAACUCACCAGUGCCCUGCGUUACCGCAGGUUCAAGUCAGCCUCACUUCACGGGAACAAGACUCAGGCUCAGCGGGAACGCAUCCUGAACAUGUUCCGCUCCGGCGAUGUCAACGUCCUCGUCGCCACAGACGUCGCCGCCAGAGGCCUUGAUAUUAAAGACAUCGACUACGUUAUUAACUUAGACGUCCCCAAAUCUCUUUUAGAUUAUAUUCACAGAAUUGGAAGAACGGGUAGAGGAAACAGUAAGGGUGAAUCGUUGUUAUAUUUCCCAAUUGACACUUUGACGCCUGCAAAGGUAAAAUUCGCCCAGGACUUGUCAAAACUACUCUCGAAAGUUAACCAAACCGUCCCAUCCCAACUCACACAAAUCGCCAAUAAUAAUUUAUAAUCUUGAUUCCUACGUGUUC